AUUUCAAUGGUAGAAUAUUAAAAUUGAUUUUUAAAGAAAGCAUUUUGACUUCACUACUGACAAUUCGAAUUUCUUCAUCUGGUUAAUAAGCAGUAUGGACAGGGAAUGGCAGCUAGGAAAGACUCUUGCCGAGUGUAACAACUACAUGCUUGAUAACCAGAUAGACUGUGAUGUGACCUUCAGAGUGGGGGAGAGUAGAGAGAUGAUCAGGGCACACAAGUAUGUACUGGGAAGUCGCAGUGCAGUAUUCUAUGCUAUGCUAUACGGACCUUUAGCUGAGAAGGAGGACAUCUUUAUCACAGAUAUGGAACCUCAUACGUUCAAGAGUCUUCUCAAGUAUAUCUAUACAGAUGAUGUUACCUUAUCAGGAGAUGAUGUUCUCGCUGUAAUGCAUGCUGCAAACAAAUAUGCCAUGGUGGGACUGGAAGACAAAUGUGUCAACUUUCUCAUGCAGAAUCUCACAGCAGAAAAUGUCUGUUCUGUCCUGGAGAGUGCUCAUUGCUUCAAUAAGGAAUCAGUAAGGAGUCAUUGUGUAGAAUUUAUAAAGGACACUCCAGGGGCAUUUGAAGCUGAAAACUUCCUCUCUCUGUGUAGUGAAUGUCUUCGCAAAGUCCUUCUGUUGGAUGAUUUGGUGAUGAAUGAGGAAGAGAUUUUCCAUCGAGUGAUGGACUGGGCUUCAGUGCAGUGUCGGAAUUCACAGUUAGAGGAUAGUGGCCUAAACAAAAGAAAUGCUCUUGGAAGCUGCCUAUAUUGUAUUAGGUUCCCCAUCAUGAAUAUGCAUUUCUUUAAUGAGACAGUGUGCAAGUCUGACAUUUUGUCUGAGAGAGAAAUACAAGAUGUGACACGACAAAUGGCAGAGGUUAAAAUUUGUCAGACCAAGUUUUGUGUCAGAAAACGCCGAGGAACAGACCAGUACAUCUGCAAACGGUUCUCCUAUGACAGAAUUGAUGUAAAAUGGGGCCGUAAGACAGGGAGGAUAGACUUUUAUGUUGAUGUCCAAAUAAUACUGACAGGGCUUUUAUUGUAUGGAGGGCAUGGGGCUGGUCUGGGUACACUUGAUGUUUACGCAGCAUUGGAAGACUGUGAUCAUGAUAGAGUGUUAACAGAUGUGACAAAACAAGUCAAAAUUGAACCAGAAAAAACUAUUUUUAAAUUGAAAUUCCCUAAUUCAAUUAAAUUAGAGCCAGAUGUUCGAUACUCUGUGUUUGUACAGAAGAAUGGCUGGGAUAGUCAUUGGGGGGAUGCAGGAAUGGCCAGUGUUGUGACACAGAAUGUUAAUUUCUACUUUUUGACUACAUACAAAUCGGAACAAACAAACAGAGCACGGGGUCUUAUUCCAGGAUUGUUGUUCACAAAGGGUUACCCCUUGGACCAUGAAGAACCAUUGGGGGUUAAAAGAAAGCAUGAUGACUCUGCACAUUUCAAUAACUGUAAAAAUUCUGCUGCCAAUAAGCCAGUUAUAUAAAAUUUUCUUUUUUUUUCAUGUUUCAUGUCCAGCUGUGAUGAAGAAGAGGUCCAUGGGCCUUUAAGGUCACCUGAGUAAAGUUAAAGUCCUUAUAAUUUUUUAUAAAUUACAUUGUAAAAAUAGCUCACUUUUUAUCUUUGACAAAUUAAAGGAAUUUUUAUUUAUUUAUGAAAGUUUUGAUUUGGGAGUGUAAUUGCUGAGUAGAAUGUGCAAGCAACAAGAUACUUAAUUAAUCUCGCAAGUAAAUGCAACACGGAUUGAACAUAAAUCUACAUACCUGUAUUGUAUAUGAAAUUUACAAUCUUAAAUGUGUAAAAUAUUUUUGCAGGAUACUCAGGCGACUUUUUAAGUCCCUGGGCCUUUUUUGAGAAUGAGAAACAUGAAGUUAUAUAAAAGGCAAAGUUUUCAUAGUACCAUAUGUAUUUUUGUUCAAAAACAUGUACGAUAUUAUUUAUCAUAACCAAGUGUUAAUUUGCUUACUCUUGCAAGUACUAGGUAUGAAAGUUGGACACUUGAUCAGCUUGGAUAGUGAAAAUGGUACUGUUUGCAAAUCUUAUUUCUUGCCUUUGUUUUUCUACUGCCUUUUAUUUAUACUGCCAGAAUCAUUAAUUUCCAGACCUUAUUAUUUAAGAUAUGAAGUUAUCAUUUUUCUUGUUUUAGUUGUUUUAUAUUUUUAUUUGUUUUCGUUUACGAUUGUGAUGUGUUCUAGGAAAAAGUGUUGUUUAGAAUUUCAUUAGAAUACAGUAUAUCAAGUUUUUUCUGUGUAUCACAUUUGUUUUGCAAAAAUAUU